AUGGCCCGGGAAGACGGAACGAGCGGGCACCCAUGGGGCACGUUAGAGGAGCUUUUACUAGUGUGCGCCGUGAACCGCCACGGCACCAAGAGCUGGGACUCCGUCGCCAUGGAGGUGCAGACCAAGAGCUCCUCCACCUUUGCCUCCACGCUCCUCACUGCUCAGGACUGUAGAGACAAGUUCGACGACCUCAAACGACGAUUCGUAUCAAAAAACGACAACCAAUCGCACAGCUUGGGCCAAAUGGUUGACGAGCUCCGGAACCUUCGAGUCGAUGAGCUCCGCCAUGAGGUCCACCGUCGCGACGUUUCGAUCGUGUCGUUGGAGUUGAAGGUGAAGAGGUUGGAGGAGGAGAGGGAGCGGAGCUUGAAGGAGGAGGCGGAGGCCCAUCCCAACAACGAUCUCCAAAGCGGCGGAGAGGAUCAGCUAGAGGCUUCACCGGAGAAUAUCGCCGGUAAAACAAACUCCGGCGAAGAAUUCGACUACGACGAGCGCGAGAACCGAUCCUUCAACGAGUCCAAUUCAACGAGCCAACGAGGUGAAGCGAAAGAAAACAGCGUCGUGGCAAAACAAUCGGAGGAAGAGGAGCCCGGACCGGACGGAAACGAACCAGAUCGGGUUCGAACCGGAACCCGGACCGAACCGGAUCGCGAUUGCUCUGUUAACGGUAAAGUAAUCGACGAUGAGAAGGAAGACAAUAAAAAAGGUGGUGAAACGGUGGGGGCGACUCAACUCGGCGAGUCGAACGAGUUUUGGGAAUCGGUAAGUGAGUCGAAGCGGGAGGGAAAGAGGGGAGGAGUGGCGUCGAAGCAGAACAGCGACGUGCAGAGUUCAGCGAGCUUGUCGAAGAGGAAACGACGUCGUGGAGGCGGAGGUGGUGAGGGAGGAGGGAGAAGGAGUAGGAGUAGGAGUAGCAGCGGCGAAGAGGCCGAGGGUGACGAAGUUUCUCCCGCCACCAGCAAAGGGAUUAAGCUUAAGCUGGUUAAACAUGAGCCGUUGAUCAAGGUCCUCCGGAUCAUCCGCUCGCAUCGGCUCGGCUCCGUAUUCGAGCGUCGGCUUCGGAGCCAGGAAUCAGAAAGAUAUAAAAGCUUGAUCCGGCAACACAUGGACCUGCAUGAGGUUCAAUCCAGGCUUAACAAAGGGGUCUACACAGAUUGCACCCACAAGUUCUUCCGCGACCUCCUCCUCCUAUUCAACAACGCCGUCGUUUUCUUGCGCAAGACUUCUCCAGAGCACAUGGCAGCUCAAGAGCUACGAUCCAUUGUGCUAAAGGAAAUGAAGGACCAGCUACAAAAACCACAACCCACGAUCGAUACGGUAAAACUCCAUGCACCUAAGUUAGAAUCCAAAGUACCCAAGAUAGAACCCGAUAGGUCUGUGAAACCCAGCAAGCCCUCCGUUGUUGUGUGUGGUUUACGUCGUUCUGCCAAUGGAGGUGCCGGAGCUAAGAGCAGGAAGGGAGAUAAAAAGGAAAGAGGGGAGGUUGAAGAGAAAGGAAAGGCGAGUGAGGUUGAGGACAAGGGGAUUAGGAAGAAAAGGACCCAAGAAAGAGGCGGGCGGAGAGGGUCGCGGAGGGACAGCAGCAAGAAUGUGGGAAAAACGGAGCAUGCGUAUGGUGGAAAUGAGCUUAGUUCCCAUGAUGGUUUAGAGGAAAUGAAAAUGGAGAAGAUCGAAAAUGCAAAGAUGACAAAGCAAGGCGCGGCAAGGACGUUCUUGAAGAGAAUGAAGCAGAACUCUACGAGCAUCGAAGUGAAGAGAGGGAGCUCGGAUGUUUCGGAGGGUGGUGAGAGUGAGGAUAGUAUGGUAGAGGAGGACGAGAAGAAGCAGAAGGGGAAGACGAAACCAGACGAGAGGAAAAAGAGGGUGACCCGGAGUUCUACUGGGAGGAGGGGAGGGAGAGGAGGGGGAAGAAGAGACGAGGAGAGCAGUGGGAGGGCAAAGAGAGGGGUUGGGAGACCCCCAAAAAGGCCGGAGACCGCAGAGGCUGGAAAUGGAAGUGGGAAAAGAGGGAGAGGCAAUGGUGAGGCUGAUCAGAUGGGGAGUGCAGGAAGGCCUAGAAAGCGCACAAGGAGGUGA